UCCAACGUGACCUGCAUAUGAAUCAUCGGGGAAUUGCAGACCUCUCAAAAGCCCGCUUGCCACCCUGCAACUAAUAAGUUGUGACGACGUCGUCCUGGACGAACAAGCCGGCUUGCGCCCCUAACGCAGCAGCAAUAUAUAUACAACCCAAUUUUGCGUACACACCCUGCGCUGCGCGCCCCUUUGCCUGCUAGCCUUCCAGAAGACCGGCCCCAGCUCUCAGCUCCUUGCGUCUUAUACUUGUCAGACCCUACAAUGGCCGACAAGUCAGCUGACAGCAGUGCGGAGCUAACCAACUUCGUCCAGGGCCUGCUUCAACAAAUGUCCGCACGCUUCCAGGUCAUGAGCGACAACAUAGUCCAUAAAAUUGACGACAUGGGUGCCAAGAUUGACAAUCUGGAAGCCACCAUUGCGGAGCUGCUGGAGCAGGCUGGCCAGGAGCAGCAGCAAACGGUGGCCGGAGGCAAGGACCACAGCUGAGAGAGGAGAACUGGCCCCACGAGCACCGUUGUGCGGCACAUCAAACCGGCGUUGCACCCACAUUACGUGAGCGCUGCUGAAGGGGGAAAAUACACGACAUGUGCGCGCCUGUGACGGCGCCUAUGACAGCACCAGCACGGGGUUCUGACAUACACCGGCAUGCACGACAUGGGUCGUCAGGAUGGACCGAGAUAGUUCCCUACACGGAUGGUUGCUGGGGUCGGCUGGAGUCUUUUGUUAGUCUUGGUACUCGUCCGAAAGGAUGGGACAUGGUGCCCUUCAGCAUCCGUUCCUUACGCGGGGUGCCGUGGACUGCAUGUUCCUGGUGCUACCUGAUGAUGUGGACUCCCCGCCUCCCGCAGUGACGUCGUGAUGGGAAGGCGCGGCGUGCGUGUGUGUAGAGGGGACGGGCGCUGUCACUGCUACUAAGCAUAGGACGCAGCACCGGCGGGUUGUGUGCGCGUGUGUGCUAGGGGCGCUAGGUGUAGCACGUGGGAGUGCGACAGGUCAUAAUGGGAAGGCGCGGCGUGCAUGUGCGCAGAGGGGGACUUGCUGUCACUGCUACGAAGCAUAGGACGCAGCACUGGCGGGUUGAUUACGCGUGUGUUUUAGGGGUGCUAGGUGCAGCGCAUGGGAGUGCAGGUCGUAAUGGAAAAGCGAUUUGUUAUUGGCGGCAUGUUUGGCGAGUCAUUCCGCGUCCCUGAAGAAGUGGGGCCCAUUGUCUAAUGGCUGGCACCUGCGCGGUAGUAGGGCAGGGAGAGCGGUAAUCAUGACGCCGCUUCGUGCCUGCUGUGCAACAUGGCGGCCCAGGAUUGCUCUUAUGGAUGACCGCGCGUACUGCGUUAACGUGCAUGCACGUCUCAGAUGAGAUAGCCAGCGAUGGCCGCUACUGACAGGUGUAACUGUGUGUGAGAUGGCGAUGGAAGCCAGCUUCUGUCCGUGCACGCGACGGGCUCGCCAUCCAGACACAGGAGGUCACUAGGACAUGUGUACCCUCGUGCAGGGGGGGUUCUGUGGCCACAAUUUUACGGACACAGCAGGAACGAAACACAAGUUGUGUCGUUUCGGCAUGUGAACAUGUUACGAUUCGCCGCACUG